AUGUCGCCGCCGUUGAUGGCCAGCGGGGCACACGGCGCUUUGGCCGGGCCUAGUGUCAGCCAACCCACCGGAACAACCCCAUCGAACUUCCAGGGCAUCACCAGAACAACAUCGCAGAGGAUGAUCCAGGUGCCCAUCAUCCCCACAUCCGAUACAGGCAGCGUCCACAGCCGGUCGGUGGUGCAGCAACAGACUGGGCAGUGCACAACACCCGGUGCAACUGUCAACGCUCCGACGACAGAGGCCACCCCGGCAGCGAAAACAUCUCCGCCGGGGUUUAGCGCAGGCGACUCUACCACAACCGCCCAAGCCACUCCAGUUACCCGCGCUUCGAACCGCAACAGCAGGAAGUCUCAGCGUGCUCUGCAAGCUGACAGCAACACGCAGGAAGCUCACAUUAAUACUCGCGGAGUCACAGCUAGACGUAGUGGUACUCUGGCCUCUCGGGACAAACGUGCGGGUGGCGGGGAUUCCGGCAAACCCAUGUCUCGGCCUGGAAAGCAGCAGCAGAGAGCCAGGCUUGGACGUAACACCCCGGUGGAUGACCAAGAGUCAGAAGGAUACUCUAACUUGUGA